UACAGACAAAUGAGUCGUUGGUCCAAUAAUUUAUCGGCUGCAUUUGUGCAUUUAUUCUCGUUCGUUUCCCUAACAAAUCUUAUUGCUAUUUCUUUAGAACGGCUACACGCAACAUUUUGUCCAUUCAGGCAUCGCUUUGUGAGGAAAUGGAUUUAUGGAGCCAUAAUUAUUGUCAUUUGGUUUAUAGCUAUUGUUAGAGAAGCCGCUCAAAUUUUCUUAGGGGAAAUUGGUUAUUCCAAGAUAAUUAAUACCUACUUGUUUCUCCCAUUUUAUGGAGUUUCUUUAUUUGUUAUCUGUGUAUCUUACAUCCUCAUUGUUAUCAAAGUGCGAUGUAGUCGUCAUCCCCAAUUCCAUUCUAGGUCCAAAAGAGAAAGAAAACUGACGGGUACCGCACUUAUCGUCUCACUUGUAUCGUUACUUUGUUUUCUACCACUGACAAUAUAUUUAGCACGUUUUAGUCUUUCCUUCGCUAAUUUCGUGCAUGUUCAUAUUCAUCUGGCUGUGACAGUUCUAUUUUUAGCUAACUCACUGGUAAAUCCUAUAAUUUACGCUCUUCGGAUGCCAGGAUUCAGAGAAGGGUUAUCACAGCUAGUUUGCAGGGUCCCAGACCUUUCACGUAUCACCCCAGCAAACCUGCCACUUCGUAACCUAAGGAGAACGUAG